UUUCAGUCCAGGUGCUGCAAGAUCAGACCGGACCGACAGAAGACGGGAGCGUGCACCGGCAGGUCUGCUUUAAGAUUGGCGACCAGGCCAGAGACCCAAAAAACCACCCCCUGACCCUGGACGCCGGAUCCCCAAACCCUGCCCCUCCAGACCCCCUCGACGCGAGAUGGCCGACGACAACGGCGGCGGCGGCGACGACUACGUCAGCGAGGCCGUCCGCCCCGAGGGUGAUACACAUACGCGUGAAGAGGGAUUGUCAAAAUCCAGGGAUAGAGACAGAGAAAAAGACAAGGAUAAGGAGCGCCAUAGGGACCGUGACAGAGAUAGAGGAAGAGACAGAGAUCGGGGUCGGGACAGGGAUCUAGACAAGGAUCGGGACAGGGACAAGGAUCGGGAUCGUCACCAAAGGCAUCACCGUGACAAAAGGGAGCACCGAGACCGUCCUGAUGAUCAUGAUCGUCACAGAAGCCGUGAUUCUGAAAGGAGAAGGGACCGCGAGAGAGAUGGAUAUCGCAGGCAUCGCUCUCGUUCACGGUCUCGUUCAAGGGGCAGGGAUGAUCACAGAUCUCGAUCUCAUUCAAAAAGCAAGCGAGUCAGUGGAUUCGACCUGGGACCAACAGCACAAUCCGUACUUCCUCAGUUCCCUGCCAUUCCAACCCCAAGUCAGUUACCGGGCUCUUCUAUUCCUGGAAUGUUCCCGAACAUGCUCCCUUUUGCUGUUGGACAGUUCAAUCCCCUCGUCAUGCAGCCACAAGCCAUGACUCAACAGCAUAUUUUUCCUCAGGCUACUCGGCAUGCUCGGCGUGUUUAUGUCGGUGGCCUUCCCCCAUCUGCUAAUGAACAGUCUGUUGCAAUAUACUUUAAUCAAGUCAUGGCUGCUAUUGGAGGAAACACUGCUGGUCCAGGUGAUGCUGUUCUUAAUGUGUACAUAAACCAUGACAAGAAAUUCGCUUUUGUGGAGAUGAGGUCUGUGGAGGAAGCAAGCAAUGCAAUGGCACUGGAUGGCAUUUUGUUUGAAGGUGCACCAGUGAAGGUUAGAAGACCAACAGACUAUAACCCUUCUCUGGCAGCUGCCCUGGGCCCAAGCCAGCCAAGCUCCAAUUUGAAUCUUGCUGCGGUUGGCCUAACACCAGGUUCAGCCGGAGGGUUAGAAGGCCCGGACCGUAUUUUUGUGGGUGGUCUCCCCUAUUACUUCACAGAGGCUCAAGUUCGGGAGCUGCUUGAAUCAUUUGGGCCUCUUCGAGGAUUUGAUCUUGUGAAAGAUAGGGAAACUGGUAACUCAAAGGGCUAUGCGUUCUGUGUCUACCAGGACCUCAAUGUCACUGACAUAGCCUGCGCUGCUCUAAAUGGUAUCAAGAUGGGAGACAAAACUCUUACGGUCAGACGAGCAAACCAGGGCUCAGCCCAACCUAGACCAGAGCAGGAAAAUAUCCUGUUGCAGGCACAGCAACAGGUGCAGUUACAGAAACUUGUGUAUCAAGUUGGAGCGCUCCCUACAAAGGUUGUAUGCCUGACCCAGGUAGUUACUGCUGAUGAAUUAAAAGAUGAUGAAGAAUAUGAGGACAUUAUGGAGGACAUGAGGUUGGAAGCUGGGAAAUAUGGUAACUUGGUGAAAGUUGUCAUCCCACGUCCUCAUCCGAGUGGAGAGCCAGUUUCUGGAGUUGGAAAGGUGUUCUUAGAGUAUGCAGAUGUUGAUGGUUCCACCAAAGCAAAGACGGCGAUGCACGGAAGGAAAUUCGGUGGAAACCCAGUUGUUGCGGUCUUCUACCCCGAGAACAAGUUUGCUGAUGAGGACUAUGACGCGGCAGCAUAAAUUAUCUCUCUUUUCCAAUGACAAUAGUGCUUUGUGUAGUUUGUUCGAGUUACAGCAACGUUUUCCCUUCUAGUCGAGCUUUCUUGUAGCCCUGGAUUUAUGCAGAACCGCCAGUUAUUAAUAUUGGAAGAUAGAUUGCCUAAA